AUGAGUCACGACGUACUACACACAGUAAUAGAAGGAGCACUGGUGUCUCUAUACCUGCUCGUUCUGUUCAUUGUGGUGACAACAAAAACAAAAGUUCUCAAAACUCCAUUCUAUAUUAUGUUCUUGGCAACAGGAUUUGCGGAUAUCUUCUCACUCUUCGCAAGCUGCUUCCAUAGGCUUAACCGCCAACUUGGGUUAGGUCCGGAAUUCAAGCAAGUCACUGCAAUCGCUGUAUUUGUAAGCGGAGCCACUUUUAUUGCUCACAUAAUCGGAAACCUGCUGCUUACUUUCAAUCGGUACUCUGCUCUUUGUCUCAUGGAGAUGUACGAUAAGAUUUGGACUCGAAGGAACGUACGGGUUAUGAUUCUUAUCCAAUACGUGUUGGCUUUAGCCGGAUUUAGUCACAGCAUCGGGGUGGAAAUACUUUAUGCAAGGAAUGACGAUGGAAGUUAUUCAUUUUCUGGCAUAGAUCCUUAUGUCAGC